GCUCUGCCUUUGCUUGUAGUGCAGGUGCUGCCGCCGCUGCCUGGAUAAGGGUAGAGAGAGGGGCUGCGCUAGGAAAGGAGGGAUGGAGAGAGAGGAGGAGAGGCAGCCAGAAGAAAGGAGCAGGACAUGAGAGAGGGCGUCCGGGGGGCUCCUUGACACCGCUUUGGGGCCGGGGCAUGAUAAGUCUGCGCAAAGAGGAGCACUUUUGAGAUAUGAUGACGCUCUUGGCUGGCGGGCGGUAGUACUAUGAUUUGGUAUGUGGCCACUUUGAUAGCAAGUGUGAUCAGCACCAGAGGUCUUGCAGCUCAAGGUGCCCACGGCCUGCGGGAGGAGCCUGAAUUUGUGACUGCGAGGGCUGGCGAGGGUGUUAUUCUGAGAUGCGAUGUGAUCCACCCUGUGACGGGACAACCUCCCCCCUACGUGGUCGAAUGGUUCAAGUUUGGGGUUCCCAUCCCCAUAUUCAUCAAGUUUGGCUACUAUCCCCCGCACGUGGACCCUGAGUAUGCAGGCCGGGCCAGUCUUCACGAUAAGGCGUCCCUUCGGCUGGAGCAGGUGCGCUCAGAAGACCAGGGUUGGUACGAGUGCAAAGUGCUCAUGCUGGACCAACAAUACGACACUUUCCACAAUGGCAGCUGGGUGCAUCUCACCAUCAAUGCACCCCCUACCUUUACGGAGACGCCCCCACAGUAUAUCGAGGCUAAGGAAGGAGGCAGCAUCACCUUGACCUGCACAGCCUUUGGGAACCCAAAGCCCAUUGUCACUUGGCUCAAGGAAGGGACUCUCCUUGGGGCUAGUGGGAAAUUCCAGGUGAGUGAUGGGAGCCUGACUGUGAAAUCUGUCAGUCGGGAUGACAGAGGGGCUUACACCUGUCGAGCUUAUAGCAUACAGGGAGAGGCUGUCCAUACCACCCACCUGCUUGUCCAAGGACCUCCCUUCAUCGUUUCCCCUCCAGAGAACAUCACUGUCAACAUAUCCCAGGAUGCAUUGCUCACCUGCCGGGCUGAGGCGUAUCCCGGCAACCUAACCUACACCUGGUACUGGCAGGAUGAAAACGUCUACUUCCAGAAUGACCUAAAGCUCAGAGUAAGAAUACUAAUUGAUGGAACGUUGAUCAUCUUCCGGGUGAAGCCAGAGGAUGCGGGAAAGUAUACGUGCGUCCCUAGCAACAGUCUGGGCCGGUCCCCCUCAGCCUCAGCAUACCUGACAGUGCAGUACCCAGCCCGUGUCCUCAAUAUGCCACCAGUAAUAUAUGUGCCGGUAGGAAUACAUGGUUACAUCCGCUGCCCCGUAGACGCUGAGCCACCUGCCACCCUGGUCAAAUGGAAUAAAGACGGCCGUCCCCUGCAGAUUGAGAAGAACCUGGGUUGGACCCUGAUGGAGGAUGGCUCUAUCCGCAUUGAAGAGGCGACGGAGGAGGCUCUCGGCACUUAUACCUGUGUGCCUUACAACACCCUGGGGACAAUGGGUCAGUCUGCUCCUGCACGGCUUGUCCUGAAGGAUCCCCCCUACUUUACGGUGCUACCGGGCUGGGAAUAUAGGCAAGAGGCUGGCAGGGAGUUACUCAUCCCCUGUGCUGCGGCAGGAGACCCCUUCCCCGUCAUCACCUGGAGAAAGGUAGGGAAGCCCAGCAGAAGCAAGCACAAUGCCCUGCCCAGCGGGAGUCUUCAGUUCCGCGCCCUAAGCAAGGAGGAUCAUGGAGAGUGGGAGUGCAUUGCCACCAACGUGGUCACCAGCAUCACUGCCAGUACACACCUCACAGUAAUUGGCACCAGCCCUCAUGCCCCCAGCAGCGUCCGGGUCCUUGUCUCCAUGACGACUGCCAAUGUGUCCUGGGAGCCAGGCUAUGACGGCGGCUAUGAUCAGACAUUCUCAGUUUGGUACGGCCCUCUGAUGAAGCGGGCCCAGUUUGGGCCUCAUGACUGGCUGUCACUGCCAGUACCUCCUGGACCAAGCUGGCUACUGGUGGACACUUUGGAACCUGAGACAGCCUACCAGUUCAGUGUCCUGGCACAAAACAAGUUGGGCACUAGCUCAUUCAGUGAGGUGGUCACUGUGAACACUUUAGCAUUCCCUAUCACAACUCCAGAACCCCUGGUGCUGGUUACCCCACCAAGGUGCCUCACAGCCAAUCGGACCCAGCAGGGUGUACUCCUAUCCUGGCUCCCACCCGCCAACCACAGCUUUCCCAUUGACCACUACAUCAUGGAGUUCCGCAUUGGAGAGCGCUGGGAGAUUCUUGAUGAUGCGAUCCUGGGUACUGAUGGAGACUUUUUUGCUAAGGACUUGUCACAGGACACUUGGUACGAGUUCCGAGUUCUGGCUGUCAUGCAGGAUUUGAUCAGUGAGCCCAGCAACAUUGCCGGCGUCUCCAGUACAGACAUCUUCCCACAGCCUGAUCUGACGGAUGAUGGGCUAGCCCGCCCUGUGCUGGCUGGCAUUGUGGCAACAAUCUGCUUCCUGGCAGCAGCCAUCCUUUUCAGCACUUUGGCCGCCUGCUUUGUCAACAAACAGCGUAAGCGCAAGCUCAAACGCAAAAAAGAUCCUCCGCUCUCCAUCACUCAUUGCAGGAAGAGCCUGGAGUCUCCUUUAUCUUCUGGAAAAGUGAGUCCUGAGAGUAUCCGGACACUAAGAGCCCCAUCAGAAUCCUCCGAUGACCAGGGCCAGCCCGCAGCUAAGAGGAUGCUGAGCCCCAGCCGGGAGAAGGAGCUGUCCUUAUACAAGAAGACCAAGCGGGCUAUCAGCAGCAAAAAGUACAGCGUAGCCAAAGCGGAGGCGGAGGCGGAGGCCACCACCCCUAUCGAGCUCAUCAGCCGUGGCCCUGAUGGCCGGUUUGUGAUGGAUCCCACCGACAUGGAGCCCUCAAUGAAGACCCGGCGCAUUGAAGGCUUUCCCUUUGCAGAGGAGACUGACAUGUACCCGGAGUUCCGUCAAUCAGAUGAGGAAAAUGACGACCCACUAGUGCCCACCUCGGUGGCUGCCCUCAAAUCUCAGCUGACCCCUCUGUCAUCCAGCCAAGAGUCCUACCUGCCGCCACCAGCAUACAGUCCCCGGUUCCAGCCCCGGGGGCUGGAAGGUCCCAGUGGUCUGGAAGGUCGGCUCCAGGCCACGGGCCAGGCCCGGCCCCCAGGCCCCCGGCCCUUCCACCAUGGCCAGUACUACGGUUACCUCAGCAGUAGCAGCCCUGGGGAAGUGGAGCCCCCGCCCUUCUACAUGCCUGAAGUAGGCAGCCCCCUGAGCUCCGUCAUGUCAUCCCCACCCCUGCACACUGAGGGGCCUUUCGGUCACCCCACCAUCCCCGAGGAGAACGGCGAGAAUAACUCCAACAGCACGCUGCCCUUGACUCAGACACCCACGGGAGGCCGCUCCCCAGAGCCCUGGGGCCGACCGGAGUUUCCUUUCGGUGGCCUGGAGUCCCCAGCCAUGAUGUUCCCCCACCAGCUGCACCCCUGCGAUGUGGCAGAGAGCCUGCAGCCAAAGGCCUGCCUUCCCCGGGGACUGCCCCCCACCUCCCUCCAGGUGCCCGCGGCCUACCCGGGUAUCCUAUCUUUGGAGGCACCAAAGAGUUGGGCAGGCAAGUCACCUGGCAGAGGUCCAGUCGCAGUGCCCGCCGCCACCAAGUGGCAGGACAAACCUAUGCAACCUCUGGUGAGCCAAGGGCAGCUCAGACAUACCAGCCAAGGCAUGGGCAUACCGGUGUUGCCUUACCCCGAGCCGGCCGAGCCCGCGGGUCAUGGCGGCCCAAGCACAUUCAGCCUGGACACCCGGUGGUAUGAGCCCCAGCCUCGGCCCAGGCCCAGCCCCCGGCAGGGUAGGCGAGCCGAGCCCAGUUUACAUCAAGUGGUGCUACAGCCCUCGCGGCUCUCGCCUCUGACCCAAAGUCCCCUAAGCUCCCGAACCGGCUCCCCGGAGCUCGCGGCCCGGGCGAGGCCCCGCCCUGGCCUCUUGCAGCAGGCAGAAAUAUCGGAGAUAACCCUACAGCCACCCGCCGCAGUCAGCUUCUCCCGCAAGUCCACGCCAUCCACGGGUUCCCCUUCCCAGAGCAGUCGGGGUGAUAGCCCCAGUUAUCGGCCGGCCAUGGGCUUCACCACCCUGGCCACCGGCUAUCCCUCCCCGCCCCAGGGCCCUGCCGGGCCUGCGGACAACCUGGAUGUGUUCGGACAGACGGCCUCCCCCAGGAGGAUGGGGGAGGAGCUGCUCAGACCAGAGCCCCCACCAACAACCUUAUCCACUUCAGGAACACAUCCAUCUGCACCCGGGAAUUCUGCUGCACCUGAGAGGCUUGAAGCUCUUAAAUACCAACGGAUAAAGAAGCCCAAAAAGUCAACCAAGGGCUCCUCGAAAUCCAAAAAGCGAUCCGACGGUUCUGCUUCCCAGGUUCAGCAACUUCCUAACUCUCAGGUACUGUGGCCCGACGAAGCUGUCUGCCUCCGAAAGAAGAAGAGACACUCUCGUCCUGAUCCCUUUGCCCGCCUCUCAGACCUAUGUCAUCGCCAGCUUGCUGAGGAUCAGACAGCCAUUCUCAACAGUGUGGACCAUGAUGACUCAGGCCACGCCACCUUGCUGUAGCUUAGCACCAACUGUAAAGGUUCUAAGGGCAAGAAAAUUGGUUAGGGGGAUGGGGAGCAGAGGGGAAAGUGAUCUAUAUGAAAUAUGUGGGGGGUGGGGGGGUGGAUAGAAUGGGUUUGACUGACAUGGCAUGCGGGUAAAUUUGCUUCUUCCAUCAGUAAAUGGCUUGCCUUGAAUUUUUGUUGUGGGAAUUGUGCAAAUCUUUACUCCAAUCUGGACCAUUUCCUUCCUCUUCUCCUUUUGGACAAAAUUCUCAAACCCUUGAUCAGUUGGUCUCACUCACAGGGCAGAGGGAGGGAUGAGAGAACUGUGAGUGGAGGGUGUGUGAAGUAAUUUGGGAACAGGGAAAGAGCUCCCUAGAUAGAUUUUUCUCACCUUUUCAAGUUACCUUUGGGAGGGUUAAGGAAGAAGAGGAAGUCAAAUGUCUCCAUUUCUCUCCUCCUCUUUUUCAGUUUUUCAAAUCCUGGAAGAUGUCUGGGUUUCCCAUCUCCCCCUCAACUUUCAAGCUUAUAUAUAUAUUUAUAUAUAUCUGUGUGUGUGUGUGUGUGUGUGUGUGUACACAGAGAGAGAGAAAUACAGAUCUAUGUGAUGUGUAUGUUUCUGUAUGUAUACAAAUAUAUAUAUAGAUAUAUAUGAUCAGAUUGGUGGGUCAUACAGAUUUAAAUGCUACAGAUCUUUCUGUGAUGUAUGAAGGAGAUGAAGGGGGAAAGACAGCUGACAACUGAGUAUCUGGGGGUGAAUGGGAUGCUCUAGUGUCUAUCUCUGGAUUAUUCCUCCUUUCAAUGAAACCCACAUGUUCCUGGCAAAAUCUACCAUUUGUCUUUGCUACUUUUUCUAAUGCAGAAGAGGUAUGGACCAUUGCUAUGUUUGCCAACCAUCAUCCCUACCUCCUCCCUUCCUACUUUUCCUAGCCCCUAGGUAAAGGAAAUGUUUUGGCAAGGGGCCUGGCUGGUGUCUUCCUUCCAUCCACAGUCCAGCCAAGGCUCCUGAGGCUCAGACAGGAAGGCCUCUGGGUACAAACUCCAUCUCAUUCUUCAUUUCCUCCUUAGUCUUUCCAGGGCUCCAAGCCCAGUGGCUGAAGGGUCCCUUGCUUGACAGCCUGUCUACUAUGCUGAGUGCCAGGUUGCCUCAGCUCUAUUUAUAUCCUCUUUCCAGCAUUGUAGCACCCUCCCAAGUGCUACUUCAGACCAGCUGGUAGGAUUCUUUCUCCCAUUCUGUGGGAGAUAAAAACCCCAGACUGACUGAUCUCCACUCGUGCAGCACUUCCAAGUGUUCACCAAGAUCUUCCUCUGCCUUGUGGUAAAACUUCCUCCCUAAUCUCUGGCUCAAAUGGAACAACAUCAGGUGAAUCCUGAAGGCCCGAGGUUUCUUGAUUUUCAGUGGGAUGGGGGGAAUCAUCUGACUUCCCCUGUCUCAGUUCUGUUCUGCUGGAGAUGGCCUUGGCCAUCUUAGCCCCAGGGAGGGACAUGUUCUCUGAUCUACCUUUUGCCAAAAUAUUGUCUGUCCAGACCGUUAGUUUCUGGCAGCUUUUGUGGAGUUGUCUUGGGGUUGCUUACAGUGUAUCACUUCCAAAAUAGUAAGCUGCUAGCCAAGAGCAAGACAGGAUGCCCUGAUGGUGGUGAAGGUGGGUGGUGGUGGGGUUGUUUCUUUCUCCUUUUGGCAGAGAAAGGGGAUUGUUACCUCACCUUAGCCAAAAGACCACUGGGCAUCUUCUUGGUGCUGUUGUCUUGGUGCAUUUUUAGGGUCCCAGCUUCUCCUUCAACUCCUACUUGGAUGUCAAGUUCUGGAGUAAUAAAAUCACCAGGUUUCAUUCCACCUGGUUUGAUGACCGUUGCCAAUAGCUGGGCCCUAGAGCAUGGACCUGAAUAUAGGGACUGGUCCUCCCAGAGCUGGGCAGUUGCAACUGCCCUGGGGCUUUUAAAUUGGAGGAGAAUCUGUCUCCCCCACUAUUGUGACAGGCCCCUGGUGCUUCUGCUUUCCAGCACAGUGGGCCAACCUUACCUUUGGGUAGGGUUCAGCUGAAGCAAUUCAAGUCACAAUUAAUUUCUAACCAAGACAAGCCUGGAAUGAAAGGGAUGGGGAGAAGGCAGGGUUCUCCUGGCUAUCUCUGGUUUCCACUGUCUGAGAUACUUGUAUUUUUGUUUGGCAAACCUGGAUUCUGGAUGAUGCUUCCAUCUUGCUUCAUCCAAAUCCUUUCUACCCUUAGGUAUCAGGGUAGCUGGUCUUCCCCAGUGAGGUCCUAGAGAAAACAAAGAAGAGAAAACUGGAUGGUCCUGUCUUUAAUCAGGAAGCAGUUGGACCUCUGCCACUGUGCCAUCUGUGUCCUUUAUUUUAGUGUAGUACUGAGUGAUCUCAGGAUGUGAGCGUCACCGAUGUAUUAAGAAGCAGGCAUAGAAUCAUGUCUUAGUUAAGGCUGGGUGAAUCCUUUGCUUGCACUCUGCCUGUACACAUUUGCUUUUCUAGGAAUAGGAAGCCUAGGUUACCCUUCUACAGACUUGGACACCAAUAUCGAUGAGAUCAAAACUUCCUGGCCACUUUUUUUUAAAAACUUCAAAAAUGACAAUUAGGUUCUGAACAACAAAGCCAUCCAAAGAAAGGAAGGGGUUAAAACUAGGUCCAAGGGAGAGGUAACAUGGGAAAGGACUGAAUAUAGUAAAUGGUAGGAAAUUUAAGUGAAUGGGGAAAGUUGAAACAUCUGAAAGAUGAACCUUGCUGUAUUCCCUGGAGUUUAGACUAAUCUAUCCUGUAAAUUCUGAAUCCUGGAGUCAGCUUAAAUAUCUUUCAGAAUGAUGGUCGUUUUUUUUUUUUUUUUUGUUUUUUUUUAAAGCAUGAUUGAUAAGGAGUAAACUACCUGUAAGGAAGCCUCCUAUAGCACCAGUUGUAAACCUGCCAAAACCCUAUCAUGCCCCUAAUAUAUUGGAGACAUAUUUCUUGCAUCAUCCUAGCAAAGGGUCCCUUUCUGACUGGGAAGUGUGUGAAUCCCAGCAGUUUCUUGAUUUCUAGUAUGCUUUGUUGCUAUUUCCUGUGGGAGAGGGAGUGUCUGGACUGUUUGUAGCUAAGAAGCUACAGGUAGUAAUCUUUGUGUUGAAUAGCUGAAGAGGAGCACAGGGAGCGUCUAUAGAAUGUAGUCAGAACUCACUGGGCUGGGAGUGUAUGCUUCUUUGAGAGCCUAUGACUUUCUGAUGCUAUGUAGCAUCAUCCUGCUUAUCUCUGGGCUUGCUUUGGGGCUAAAGAGUCUUUAAGGUUCUGUUCUGCUCCUUGUUUGGUUGAGCCAAGCAGAGGGAAUCAUGGGGAGAGGGGAACGUAAGCAGCCACUUGAUAGGCUGUUGAAUGCCAGUUUCCUUUGGGAUCUCUUGAGGUGAUUUCGGAGCCCAGUUUAAAAAGAAGAAAAAUGCUUUGGUUUUCUUUGGGGUAGAGGAAAUGAAUGUUUCAAGACACUGGACCUCUCGAAUGAGCCUGUGGGCUUUUAUUUCUUUUUGGCAGGGAGUUAAGUGUGCAUAAAUACAUGCAUCCAUGCGCACAUGGACACAUGCAGAUCUGUUCAUCCCGUAUUUCUGAGGAAAGGUUGGCCAGAAAGUUGGGCCUCUCUCUCCUUACAAAGGUGCUGAUCCCAUCUCUUCUUGCUGGCGGAUUCCUUUUCCCUCAGCACAUCGGGCCAGACAGGAUUGGAUGCUGUUCUCUGUGCUAGCUGCUAAAUUUCGUGUGCUUUAGUAUCUCAUGACUAGGGAAGAAACACAUGGCCAUCCUCUGCCAACUUCCCAGGGCAGGGGAGUUUUAUAGAGUGGACUUUGGAGAGCUUCCUUGAGAGCAGCUUCUUCUCUCACUGCUUGGCUGCUGCUUUAGACCUUCCUUUAAGGAUCUGAACUGGGGUGGCUCAGCAGGGAUGCAGAGUGGUUUGCUGGCCUUUUUACUUGGAGGGUAUGUGUGUGUGUGUGUGUGUGUGUGUGUGUGUGUGUGUGUGCUCAUAUAUGAAUGUCUAUCUCCAAACUUCCUUUCAUGUCCUCUUCGUUGUCCCUGGAAGAUUAAAGUAGCAUUAGAUUUCCAAGUAUAUCCAAGAUCCUACUCUACUUUAUAAAAAACAAUCCUACUAUACUUGAGAUAUAGAAUUCUUGCCUAUCAUCUUGUAGGGUCUUAAUGUCUUGCAGGGUAGAAGGUACUUUGGGGGCAGUCCUUCCUGAGUCUCAAAUAUUGAUCUUUCUCUUUUCUUUUUCUUUAUAAUAUCCCUAACUUCCACUGCUUCAACUUUAUUGUUGAAGAGGAUUGAGCUAGGGAAAAAAAUAAAAUAAGAUCCCUAAGGAUCUUCAAGCAAGAAACACAGGAGAGUGGAUCUGAACCCUUGACUGUUUAAGGAGAGGAAACAGCAAUUGAGGAGGAGGUGGCAAAAACCAACGGCACCCCAAUUUUUCUCCUCAUUAUCUGAUUACUAGAUGAGGUAUGUUUUUUGGUCCAUUGGUGAGGGAAUAUGGGUCUGUGUCCCACACAGGUGCUAGAACAUUCGUUUCAAAGGUAGGGCUGUGAGUACUGAGACACCAUUUCCUUAACUGAGGUGUGCCUUGAUCCCAAUAAGUUCACUGGGUUAGUGCCCCCCCUUCCAUUGAGGAGAGGAUAGUCCCACAGGUAACGUCUGGGAAGGCUGGUGGAUGGUUUUGGGGGUUUCCCUCUCCUCUAUUCUGUGUUAACAUUUUCUAUUUGGUAUUCUCUAGCAUGGAGUCAGUUUCUGUGCUGUCUAUUAACUCUUUCCUUUUAAGGAAAAGAGGGUGGGGAGUUUCAAAAUUUUUGGUACUAGUACAUGUAUUUAAAGCAGUGGGCUUCUCAAAAGGAGGGAAUGAAUGCAGGAAGCAGCAAUUUUUGCUUCUUGACACCUCCCAGGAUUCAAACCUGGGAAUGAGGUUUGUUUUCUUGGUUGGGGGCAAAUCCCUUCUAGUCUUUUUAGGAAGUUUU